CUCCCCCGGACAGGACACGUCACGUGACCAUCCUGUCUGCUGCUGGCCGAGUGAAGCGUGUUAGCAGAUUUUUCUAUUUUGUACAUACAGAGUUUUGUAUAUACUGUAUAUGAUGAGCUCGCUGGGCAGCGACAAGGCCCGGGGUCCCCGGGAAAAAGCGCUGCCAGCAGCCACUCACACAUCGCAACCACAGAAACAGAUACAGGCAACUGCUGAGCAGAUUCGGCUUGCCCAAAUGAUCUACGACAAGAAUGAUGCUGACUUUGAGGACAAAGUUAAUCAGCUGAUGGAAGUGACGGGGAAGAACCAGGAUGAGUGCAUGGUUGCUCUUCAUGACUGUAAUGAGGAUGUUAGCAGAGCCAUCAAUUUCCUCCUGGAGAGCACCUCGGACAUGACAUCUUGGGAAACGGUGGGAAAGAAGAAACCCCUGGUGAAGGAGGGCCCGUCAGAAAGCAAGGAGAACAAGGAGAACAGAGAGAAGAGGGGAGAGAGGGAGGCUAGCAAGGGCCGCGGCACUGCUAACCGCAAGGGCAAAGGGGGCAGUCGGAGCCGCCAGGCCCGUCCAGAGGAGAACGGUGUAGAGGUGGCACCGGUGGACAGAGGUUCAGAUCGAGGCCGGAGGGUCAAAGGUGGCAGGGGAGCUGGAGUGCGAGGUCGAGGCAGAGCACCAGCAGGGAGCAGGUUCUCAGCUCAAGGCAUGGGGACGUUCAAUCCGGCUGAUUAUACCUCAGAGUCUGGUACGGGGACCACGCAAACGGAGGUUUGGGACGCGGCGACCAACAACAGCACAGAUGGGACAGUUGCCUGGAGGAAUACUUUGGAAGACUGGGCAGCUGAGGACUGGAGUGAAGAUGUUAGUCUCUCAGAGACCAAAGUGUUCACUUCCUCAUGUGCACCUGCUGCUGAAAACCACAUCACACCUGGGCAAAGUCUGGAUCUGGCCUCUCUGCUGCAGAAGCCUGUGGGCGGAGGAAGAGAACCACCCUCCUCCUCUUCUGCUCAGAGUCUGGUCUUCACCAACUCUCACCAUCACCAGCAGCCGCCCCCCAGCCGCACCACCACCAGUAGCACAAGCUACGCACAUGCUGCUUUGUCAUCGGUUCUGGGCGCUGGUUUCGGGGACUUGGGCCAGGCCAAGAGGACUCAGCCCAGCGCUGGAGCUCAGAUACUGGAACAGCUGAAGGGUCCUGGCUUGGGUCCACUGCCCUCGUCCCAGGCCGCACCGCCUGUCAGCACCCAAGGAAACAACACCUCCAUCGGCCGACUGCCAGGUCUGGGAGCACCUGUGCCUCCGCCCGCCUCUUCCAGCUGGGACAUGAAGGCUUCAGAAUCCAACACCACGUCGCUGUCUUCACAGUUCAGCCGUGAGUUUGGUCUGCAGCCAGAGCCCUCUCUUGUGCUGAGCCAGCUGGUUCAGAGGCACACGGGCCCCACAUUACCGCUGGCACGUCAGCCCAGUCCUCCGUCACAACAUGCGCCCCCUGCUUCAGCCUCGCCUGCCCCCCAACACACCAGCACGCAAGCGCAGGCAGGCCCCAUGAUGGCCGCCGCUGGUGCUAAACCUCCUGCCCCGAGUGCAGGGCUGGACCCUCAGGGCAGCAGUACACCACAACAACAGCGGGCACAGCUCAAAGGCCAGAAACGAAGGAUACCUCCCACAUCAAAGAUUCCAUCCACAGCAGUAGAGAUGCCAGGCUCGGCUGACGUCCCUGGGCUAAACCUCCAGUUUGGAGCGCUAGACUUUGGCUCAGAGUCUCCGUUACCAGAAUUCGGAGUUGUGGACAAUUGUGUGAGUGCAGCGUCCAGGGAGUCGACACCAGCCCCUGCCCCAGCACCGCCUGCAUCGGGACCAGGAGCACAGAGCCAGACAAGCCUGUACUCCAAACCGCUCAGUGAGUCACUGGGCAGCACUCUCUCCGUCACGCUGCCCCCGCCCCUCUCCUCAUCAGAGCCAGUAUAUCACUCCUCUGCAGUGGCGUUGCCAAGUCUCGCUCCCUCAUCAUUAGGGACUGCUGCCCCCACCAAUCCUCCCUCCUCUUCUUCAGCAACCUCCACUGCCUCCAACUCCGUACCCACUUCCUCUCCCUUCUCCACAGUGGGGGGAAGUUACGAUGGGACCAUGCCCCCUCACACACGUCUGGGCUUUUCACAGAACAAAGAGGCCACGGGGCCCGUUAUGAAUGGCCUGAAUGGUGUUAGGACAUCUGCUGCUCUGGACACUUCCUCAGCGUCCUCCACACCAAAGCCAGAUUCGCCGUCGAUGAACAUCAGCACCAACGGGGCCUCAGCACCUUCCUCCCACUUGUCCUCUGCCCUGCCAGCACACAGCUCCUCCGCGCUCUCCAGCCUGGCGCAGGACAUGCCCUCAGCGAGCCAGCUCAACUCACUCAACAGCCACGUCAGCAAUCAUUCCUCAGUAUCAGCUCUGGGCUCCAGCUCUCACACUUACACCUGUGUCGACAGCAGUAACGUGAGCUCUCUGGCGCCCUCGACUGGCUCCUACACGUCAUCACAGCCCUCGGCCUCCGCACUCCACUCAACCCACAACAGCAGCAACAGUAGCAGCAGCAUCAGCCACCUGGUCAACAUGCCCAGCAUGGGCAACAACAUGAGCAGCACAGUUGGGGGCAUUGUUGGCACGAGCGGACUCCACUCCGCUGCCACCAGCACGACGCUGGGACUUGGCUCCAAUGGAGCUACUGCCACGUCCAACCUCUCUGCACCAAGGACCACGGCCCUGCUCUCCUCCUCCACAGGUAAGGCUCCUCCUAACCUGUCCCAGGGAGUGCCUCCUCUACUGCCCAACCAGUAUAUCAUGGGCCCGGGAGGGCUGCUGCCCGCUUACCCACAGAUCUAUGGCUAUGAGGACCUCCAUAUGCUCCAGUCCAGACUGCCAAUGCCCUCAUUGCAGGAUUACUAUGGAAUCACAUUCCCCGGCCCCACGGCAACACUCUCUGGCAGAGAUGGGAGCCUAGCCAACAACCCCUACUCAGGUGAAGUCACAAAGUUCGGCAGGAAUGACUCCACCUCCCCGGCACCCCCCACGAGCCUGGCGGCCCCGCAGCCUCCCCAGGGCCAGAGCCAAGGACAGAACCAGGCCCAGCCUCCUCAGCCGCAGCCUCAGCCCCAGGGCCAGCCGCAGCACCACAGCAGUCAGCAGGCCUUUCUGCCGCCAGGCUACAGCUACACAGGCUUGCCUUACUACCCCGGAGUGCCCGGUGCCGUGCCCAGCGCUGCUGCCUUCCAGUAUGGCCCCACCAUGUUCGUUCCUCCGGGAGGCCCGGGACCAGCUUCCGCCAAGCAGCACAGCAUGGGCCUCGGCCUGGGAAACCCCUCGGCUAGCCCUUUCCAGCAGCAGACGCAGCAGCAGCCCAGCGGUUACGGCCAGCACACCUUCAGCUCAGGGUAUGAGGAGCUGACAGCGGGGCCAGCAGGAGUGGAAUACAGCAAAGGGUACAACUCCUCCUCACAGGCACAAGCCAAAUCUGCUGCUGCUGGGCCUGGGAAAGGUGUCUCAGUGACAUCCAGCAACUCCGGAGUGCCAGACAUCAGUGGAAGUGUUUACAAUAAGACCCAGUCUUUUGAUAAGCAGGGUUUCCAUGCGGGGACCCCCCCUCCCUUCAGUCUGCCAUCAGCACUGGGGGGUCCAGGGCCUCUGAACCCCGGAGCAGCGCCUGGAGGCUAUGCACCUGCCCCAUUCCUCCACAUCCUGCCUCACCAGCAACCACACUCACAGCUGCUGCACCACCAUCUAGCUCAGGAUGGACAGGGUGGUCCUAGCCAGCGUGGCCAGUCCAGCAGCCUGCAGCAGAAGAGCCAGGUCAACAAGUCGAGCUACGGUAGCUCCCCCUACUGGGCCAACUGAGACGACGCCGUCUACAACGAGUGUGUGCGCGUGUGCAUGGACAGACACCAGCACACAGCACCACACCAGCGUAUCUGACUGACGAAAUCAUAGAGGGACAAACCAUUUUACAACACAAGCUAAAACAAACAAACACAUACACACACACACACACUACCACCCCCUCCCCUUUGCUCUGUAUAUCCCCCUUUUCAAAUUUAUGGCUGUUGUAUGUAAAAUAUAUUUAUGUAUGUAUUUAUACAGUAUAUAUGUAUUGGUAGGACAUAAAAAUGUGGUUUUCUGCAUUUUGUUUUUAUUUUGAAGGACAUUUUAUUUCCAAAAAAAAAAAAAUAUGGAAAGAUGAGAAUGCUAAAUCAUGGAGAUGAAGUUGGUGAAUAUACUUGAACACAAGCAUCUUGUGAUGUGGAUUUUUUUUUUGUAUGCAUACAUGAACUGAAAUUGAUGUACAUAGGUUAUACACAUCAUUUUCACGGCAAAGGCCUUUUUAUUUUUACUUUAGAAGAAACUCCAUUUUGUAACUUUGGUCUCCCGCAUCUGUGAAUCCUUCUAUACUGAGGGUGACUUGAGUUGAUAGCUUGAUUUUUUUUUUGGCCCCGUUUUCUUCCAUCUGUCUCUUAUUCCUCAACUCUUUACUAGUUGGUUGGUUUUACCAGCCAGGCCUUGGAUUUGAUGUCAUUUUAACAUUGGUUUAAUCCUUGUUGUCCAAAUUAAAAGGUAUGAACAGUU